AUGCAUGCGUCAGAGAGUGACACGAUCAUCGCCCAAUUACUCAAUGCCAGUCUGAUACCCGAUUCCGACAAGCUGGCAAAGGCAUUGGAGAAAAACGAUGACCUCGAACAUGCGUAUGCUGGGGUAGCAAGCAAGGGAGAUACUGAAGUGCCCCUCAACGCGGAAGACGAGGUGGACUACCAUUACAUCGCCUUUGUCAAAUCAGCCCAAGACAGCCAUCUGUACCAACUUGACGGCGACCGCAAGCGUCCGAUAGACCUUGGGGCGCUCACAACAGAUGAAGACGUUCUGUCCGAGAAAUGCCUUGGCGUCAUUCGCGGUAUGAUGGCAAGCGAAGAAGAGAACCCCAACUUCAGCCUGAUGGCUCUGGUAGAGCAAGCAGAUAUGUAG